GUUCAUCUUUCAAGGUCUUGUCAAGGCAAGAGUGAAGUGCGCUUAAUCGAAAUUACAAAGUCGGCUUCUCGGCUUUCGCGUAAAUGUCUAACAAACGUCCUUCAUUGACUGCUUCGAAAGGACCUAGCUCAUUCAAAAAACCAAGGGGCAAUAAUGAUGAACCUCCAGAACCCUCAAAGUUUGAACAAGAGCUUAUGCUAUUGGAUGAUCUUGAGACUGAAGAUAUAGCUUUGGUGGAUGAAAGUACAGCUAUAUCUCAUUUAGAUUUUCUAACAAAUUCUCAUUGGCCGAGACCUAACUUAAAACCACUUGACCCAAAUAAAGACAGUAUAAUUUUUCAACAGUUUGAUGUCUCACACUAUAAAGAAAUUGAUGACUUUUAUUUUCAGGGUGAACGUUUGGCUGGUAUGCCUGGAGCUGCACAAAGUCCUGUACCUAUUAUACGUUUAUUUGGUGUCACUGAAAAUGGUCAUAGUGUUUGUGCACAUGUACACGGUUUUGUACCGUACUUUUAUGUUCCAGCACCUAAAGACUUUUCAAUUAAUUAUUUAAAUGAUUUUCGUGAAGCAUUAAACUCUGCUUUAUUGAAAGAGAAUAAAACAAAAGAAUUUGAAGGAUUACAUCAUCUUGUGCUUAGGGUAACAUGCGAAGAAAAACAAAAUGUAUAUGGUUUUCAUGGUAAUCGUAGUAUACCAUUUCUACGUAUAACUAUGGCAUUACCACGUUUAAUUGCACCAGCUAAACGGAUAUUAGAUAAUGGUUUAGCGUUUGCUAACUAUCCACUACAGUCAUAUCCAGCUUUUGAAGCAAACAUUGACUUUGAAAUACGCUUUAUGACGGAUACCCUAAUGACUGGAUGCAGCUGGGUUGAAGCUCCUGCUUGUAAAUAUAAACUAAGAGAUUCUACACAAAAAACAGAAGAUGAUAUUAAAACGUCGAACAAAAAAUUAAACCAUUCUGUAAACAAUACUACUACUGCUACUACUAAUAGUAGUAGUAGUAGUGGUCAAACAAGAUGUCAAAUUGAAUUUGAUAUUGCCUGGGAUGCUUUAGUUAUUCAUUCACCUGAAGGCCAGUGGAGUAAUAUUGCCCCGCUACGUGUAUUAAGCUUUGAUAUUGAAUGCGCAAGUCGUAAAGGUGUAUUUCCUGUACCAGAAAAAGAUCCAGUUAUACAAAUAGCUAACAUGGUUACUAACUAUGGUGAAACAACACCAUUUAUACGUAAUGUAUUUACACUGAACACAUGUGCACCGAUUGUUGGUUCUCAGGUGAUAUGUCAUCAAACUGAACAGGAAUUACUGGCUAAUUGGGCAAUGUUUGUGCGUGAAAUUGAUCCAGACAUUAUAACUGGUUAUAAUAUACAAAAUUUUGAUUUACCCUAUCUUAUUAAUCGAGCUAACACUUUAAAAGUUGAUAGUUUUGCAUUUCUUGGUCGUAUACGUGGUGCACGGUCCACUGUACGUGAAGCAAUGGUACAAUCAAAACAAAUGGGUCGUAGAGAGAAUAAAUUUGUAAAUAUUGAUGGACGUGUACAAUUAGAUUUAUUACAGAUAUUAUUCCGUGAUUAUAAAUUACGCAGUUAUACACUGAAUGCUGUUAGUUAUCAUUUUCUUGAAGAACAAAAAGAAGAUGUGCAUCACAAUGUGAUAACAGAUUUACAAAAUGGUGAUUCACAGACACGAAGACGUUUAGCUGUUUAUUGUCUGAAAGACGCCUAUUUACCAUUACGUUUAUUAGAUAAACUAAUGUGUAUUGUAAAUAAUAUUGAAAUGGCACGUGUUACAGGUGUACCGUUAACCUAUCUCCUAACUAGAGGUCAACAAGUAAAGGUUGUAUCUCAAUUAUUACGCAAAGCUCAUGAACAUGGUUAUUUAUUGCCUACAUAUCAAUCCCAACAAGGUGAUGAAUUUGUUGGUGCAACAGUUUUAGAACCACGUAAAGGUUUUUAUAAUGAACCCAUAGCUACAUUGGAUUUUGCUAGUCUAUAUCCAAGUAUAAUGAUGGCGUAUAAUUUAUGCUAUACAACUUUGUUACAAGUGAAUACAUCGCCUCAUGGUUCAACAGGCGGUGGUAUUCAAGCACUAGUGCAACGAUAUAAUUUAACUGAUGAAGAUUAUAUUAGAACUCCGACUGGGGCGUAUUUUGUUAAAUCACAUGUGCGUCAAGGUAUUCUACCGGAGAUUUUACAACAGUUAUUAAGUGCUAGAAAAAAAGCCAAAGCAGAACUUGCCAAAGAAACUGAUCCACUGCGUAAACGUGUUUUAGACGGUCGUCAAUUGGCAUUAAAGAUUAGUGCUAAUUCUGUAUAUGGUUUUACUGGUGCACAAGUUGGCAAGUUGCCGUGUUUAGAAAUAUCAGCUUCAGUGACAUCAUUUGGUCGCCUUAUGAUUGAACAGACUAAAACGCAUGUUGAACAGAAAUUUUCAAUAGCUAACGGAUAUGCACACAAUGCUGUGGUUAUUUAUGGUGAUACGGAUUCUGUAAUGUGUAAAUUUGGUGUAUCAACAGUUGCUGAAGCUAUGGAACUUGGUCGUAAAGCUGCUGAAAUUAUCUCUGAAGAAUUUCCAAAUCCUAUUCGAUUAGAAUUUGAAAAGGUAUAUUUUCCCUAUUUACUCAUCAAUAAGAAACGUUAUGCUGGCUUAUAUUUCACUAAACCAGAUCGUCAUGAUAAAAUGGAUUGUAAAGGCAUUGAAACUGUACGACGUGAUAAUAGUCCAUUGGUAGCUAAUCUGAUAAAUGCAUGCUUGGAAAAGAUACUAAUUGAUCGUGAUCCGAAUGCAGCAAUUACCUAUGCUCAAUCAAUUAUAUCCGAUUUAUUAUGCAAUCGUAUCGAUAUUUCACAAUUAGUGAUUAGUAAAGAAUUGACAAAAACAGAUGAAGAAUACUCGGGGAAACAAGCUCAUGUAGAAUUAGCAACAAAAAUGCGUAAACGUGAUGCUGGUUCAGCACCGAAUCUCGGUGAUCGUGUCCCAUAUGUGAUAACAGCUGUCGGUGGAAAAAAUACAGCAGCCUAUGCAAAAGCUGAAGAUCCACUCUAUGUACUGGAGCAUAAUAUCCCGAUUGAUACAAAAUACUAUUUAGAGAAUCAAAUAGCUAAUCCAUUACUACGUAUAUUUGAGCCUAUAUUAGGUGAAACUAAAGCCAAGUCUGUAUUGUUAAACGGUGAACAUACACGCGUUAAAGCUGUUGUACACUCCACUGUUGGACAGUUAUCAGCUUUUACAAAAGUACGUGCAACGUGUAUUGGUUGUCGAACACCACUGCCAACUGACAAAGCAGACUCUGCUUUAUGCAAAUUUUGUGAACCACGUGCAUCAGAAAUAUAUCAAAAAGAAAUUGUUCAAUUGAAUUCAUUAGAACAGAAAUUUGCUUCAUUAUGGACUGAAUGUCAACGAUGUCAACAAAGUAUACACGAGGAAGUUAUAUGUACAAGUCGUGAUUGUCCAAUCUUCUAUAUGCGUAUGAAAUCACGUAAAGAUGUAGAAGAAGCCUACAAAGUGAUUCAACGUUUUGGUAGUCCUAAUUGGUAAUCAUCUUGUAAAAUACAAAACACGAACUCCUCCUUCCUAUUGUUUACUUUUUUAAUCUCAGGUUUUUGCCUUUUUCUCUACUAGAGCUAUAUACAUUUAGUUGUUUUGUUUUGUUUUUCAAAAACAAGAGUUACUACUGGUUUUUUUUAAACCAUAAAGAGAAUUUUCGCAUUUUUGGAUUUCAUGUUCAAUUGUGCUCUAUUUUUUGUUGAUAACCACUCAUUUCUAUAAAAAAAAACAAUAAAACAAAGAUGUCUGAU